AUGUAUGCGUUUCUGAGUUUUAAGUUUCAACAGUUCUUGCCUUGCCUGACCUGCAUCGAUCCAAAUCAUGUCCAGUAUGACAAUUAUAUUAUUGAAGGUUCUAGGUAUCUAGAAAUUGAGAGAUUACAAGCAAAAGCGUUCUGUUCAGCAUGUGAGACAAGACGAGGACAUCUCAUGACAAAUGUGCAACGUCACCGUGCCCUGUUCGAGCAUCUUCAAUUGUGCGCUGCUUUUUGCACUCGAUACGAUGCGCGCCGUCGUAGCUGCCAAAUACUCGACAAACGCUUCAAGUUCUUUGCACAUAUGUGCUGUAGCGCCACUGUCCACUACCCAGCAGUUGCCCGCGCCUCUUCGCUUGCGCUGAGUGCCACGUUUGAGUAG